CCCCUCCCUCCCUCCCGCCCCCACUUGCCUCCUCUUCUCCCCAUCUUGCUCUUCAUCGCAUCACCGCGACAUCGCGCGUUGCUGGAGUUUGCUUGGUUUUUUUUUCUCGUUUUUUUUUAAUUCCCCCCCUCCCACCUCCUCGAACGUCUGACCCGUUUCCGGCUCCGCGCCGUCAAAUCUCGCCCCUUUUCCCUCCCUCCGCCAACGUCCAAGCUUACUCGCUGCGACGCUUGGCCGCGCGCGAGACGAUGGCGGAGUACAGCUCCCUGCUCAGCGAGCUGUCGGAGAACAUCACCAACGAGGACCUGGAGCAGCUCAAGUCUGCCUGCAAGGAGGACAUCCCAGAGGAGCACAGCGACGCCAUCGCGUCCUGCAAGGACUGGUUCAGCUACCUGGAGAAGAACGACAAACUGGCCCACGACAACCUGUCCUACAUGGAGCACAUCUUUGAGAUCUCGCGGCGUCCCGACCUUCUGACCCGCGUGAUCGAGUACCGCACCACCGUGCUCAAGAUCGACGAGGACGACGAGAUCGACACCAAGCUGACGCGCAUCCCCUCGGCCAAGAAGUACAAAGACAUCAUCCGCCAGCCAUCCGAAGACGAGAUCAUCAAGUUGGCCCCGCCCCCCAAGAAAGCAUAAAGGGGCGGACCCCCCCCCCCCCCCCCAAUCCCCGGCCGCCACGAGGCCCUUACGCACACGCACGCACGUCCACACGCACGCACGUAACCACCAAACUGACAACACGACGCUUCUAUUUGUACUCUCAUGUCAUGGGUUCCAUUAACGUUAGUACGGUUGGAUGGUUUUGUUUUGUUUUUUUUAAUUAUUUUUUUGUUGAUUUUUGGGGGAGAUGCAAACUAACUUUAGCGCACUAAGUACGUCCAUCUUGUCUCGUCAAGAGUCGAAAGCCUAAACUGACAGUGUCCUCGCGUUUAAAAACAAGAAAAACGGGAAAAAAAAACCCCCCGAGUGUCGACUAUGCUCCCUUUGACCAUCUUUUUCCUCUCACGUGUUGUUGUGCUCGUUUUGGUUGGUUAGCGCGUCGUAGUUAGCGGCUUAGCACAGCUGGAAAUGUCCACCAAAAAAGCGGCGGAUUUGUUCUAUGCAGCCGUGUCUACGUUUUAAAAGUCACACGGCCCGUUCGGGGAACCUUUACUCCAGAUUUCAGUCCCCCCCCCACGGCAGUCCGUUUCCUUGACUUCACUCGGCAAUUUUUCUGGCCCUUCGCACUUUCCAGCUUUGUCGCUAUUUACGCAGAUUUGCUUUUUUUUGGCGCUAAACGGUCCAAAUUGCGAAGAGACUUUCUCGGGGGGGCUCACACUCAACUUUGCCGGUUUGUCAAAGGUCAAAGGUCAACAUCGCAGGUGGAGCCCCCCUCCCGCCCCCCGCGCCGUGAGUAGUGACAAACUUGCACUUUUUCCUCCGUGGCAUUUUUCUCUGCAUUCCAGUGGACCCCCCCAACCUCACCCCACCCUCGUUGCGUUCCAGCAUGAUCGCAGGCUGUCUUUGCUACUUUUUCGGUUCCUUGUUUCUGAAAUUUGGAUCUUGCGUGUGUGAUUUUUUUUUUUUAACCUUGUGCACUCGUUCGCAGGCUCGGUUCCGAAACAGUUUUUUUUUUUUGCUUUUUUUCACGGCGGCGGCGGCCUGGCGUCCCCACCCGCCCCCGCAGCUGCCCCGCUCGAUCGCCAUGGUAACUGUGAGCCAGACGUCAAUAAGGCACAUAGCAACAACAUAUCAACGACAAAAUGAUGUCCGAUAUUAAUUUCCAUCGCAAGUACAUAUCAAGUUAGGAAACACACACAAAAAAAAAACAGAGGCAGAUAUUCGGUGAAGUCAUUUGUGCUUAAAGACUGUUUUUUUUCAUUUUCUUGAAUUUGUAAAUAUGUAUUUUCAAUAUAAGCCACCGUGUUCAUUUGUUAUGAUUAACUUAUUUUCCAGCCAACAUAGUGUUAUUUUUUUGUCCCGUGCGUGCCCCCCGAACCACAUUUUGACUAACUGGCUGUGCUGUGACGAGACAAUUUUCUUUUCCGAACAUUGACAAAAGUGUAAAAAAAAAAAAUUUUUUUAAAAAUGGAAGCGCGAUCCGAACGGCGUGGCGGGUCGUGAGAUCCGAACAAAGGGCGAGCGCGAGAUUCUGGAUUUUUUGCAUGAUGCCAUUAAAGUCGUUUAGGGAAGUCAUUUCGGAUUGUUUUGUUUUUUAUUUUUUUUCCUCCUCCCCCAAGUGUGAAGUUGCUGCUU